AAAAAAAAACCCCUGAUAAACAGACGCAUAGUAAUCGACUCCAAAAAAAAGGCACCCCAAACGCCGUAUCUAGCUUACCACCAGAUGGCCUGCCAUCACCACCAAAGCCACCCUACCCCCACCAACACCACCACCUGUUUCCACAACUUUUGCUGCUGUUGCAGCUGCUGCAGCUGCAGCCCACCGCAAGUUUCCCCUCCAUUACAAGACCCACUUCUCCAUGCCCUUGCUGCUCACAUUCUUCACUCUGCCCCUCUCAACCAUGAGCAACACCAUCAUCACGAUCCCUAUUCUCAAUCUACGAAACUUAACACCCACAAUCUCCAUCCUCAAAACCCCUACCAAAAUCAUCAACGACGAUCCCAAAACCAACGCUUCCAAGAAACCCAUGGGACCGGCUCAAUGCUUUCCUCUUUGCUUCGCCGCAUCGAGUCCCUGGAGUCCUCUCUCCUCCAAGUUUCUACUUCUUCCACAUCUCCAUGUUCUUGUUCCCCGUACUCUCUCAGAGACUUAUCCGCUCGUGUUAUACAAACCCAUUUCCGCGCGUUCCUUGUUCGCAGAUCAAGAACUUUAAGACAUCUCAAAGACCUCGCUGUCAUCAAGUCCACUUUCAACUCCCUCAAAUCCUCGCUUUCCACCGAGACCCACUUCGAUUGCGACGCUCUUUCUCACAAAGCAAUGGAUUUGCUUCUCAAGCUUGACACUAUUCAGGGUGGAGACCCAAUGAUUAGGGAAGGGAAGAGGUCGAUUAGCAGAGAUUUGGUGCGCUUCUUGGAGUUCAUGGAUGAGGUUUCAGUAAAAAGGCAUGGGCUUUCCUUCAAAACGAGUAAGAAUGUGAAUUUUGGUCAUCCAAAUGGUGAUAAAUCUAGGGUUUUGCGCACCAAGAUAAAAAGUAUGGAUGGGCAGAGGGAUAUGAUAGAGAAACUGAGGACCAGAGUCGAAAAGAUUAGUGAGCUUUCUAAGAUUUAUCAAAACGAAGAAAACACCGAGCUUGAGGGGUUCCUGCAAGUCAGUUAUGAUGACGAGGAAAACCCACCCAGAUUUGUCAUCAGAGGAAAUAAUGGGCGAAUUAGUAAUGGGGUUUUGGUGAAACGGAAGGGGGCUCAAUCUAAGGUUAAGAAAAGUGUGAGCUUUGCAGAUAAUGGGAACGUGUAUAGGGUUUAUAGCGACAUCCACGAGCCAAUUUCAAGUGAGGAUGAUCCUUGCUUGGAUGACAGUAUUUCCAGUGGUCAUCACGGAGAGGAAGACCUCACAAAGACCGUGUGCAAGGGCUUUCCUCGAGGGACUGAGGAUGAUGAGAAGGCACACUCGGAAAAUGGAGAAUCACCCCGGUCCAGUGAUGGGGAAAGAAGUCCAAGAAGGAUUUCGAGAAGGGAAGCAAGUCAUGAAAUUGGAGGGCAUAUUCGGGUUCAAAAUGGGAAUUAUGCAUUCUCUGCUCCUUUGCCUUUGAAGAUGGAGUCUAAAGCUGUGACUCGAUGAAAAUGAAAGAGGCUGUGAAAAUCGUGGCCUAAUAAAAGGUAGUUUGGAAUGAUCCUGCAAAUUUUUGUGACCAAGAGAUUCGGUUUGUCAUUCUAAUUUUGUUAGUUUGGGGUGAUAGAAAAUCCACUGUGAAAGAGAUGUAUGGUAAUGGUCCAACAGGCAUAUUGGGGUUUUGCUACUUUGUGAUUUUUCAGUCGUCUUUGUUCUCCACUCCGAAAUUUGGGUUUUGAUUUGUUUGGUCUAACUUGUAACAUGUUCAAUGAUUGUCUGAUUCAUUACA